GAAGGGAAUGUAUUUGUUAAACUCAACAUCACAAGGAGGCAGUCAUUUAAACUAUCUCAGCACACCAGUAGUGUACAAGCACACAGCUUCAACACAUGCUCUACAUGCUGACCGCUUUAAUGGGGAAACUGGAAAGCAGGAAGUCUGUUGCAGAUUAAAAGCGAGAAGCAAACCUUUAUCCCACAUUGAAUAUGUUUCUGAUGAAAGACGACAAAACUCUGGGAAAGGGGUGAGCAGUGUUUACAUUGCAGACCAUUCAGUGACUUCCAGUACGUCAUAUCAAAUCAGCAUAUUGAAUUCAUUAAACUUACUCGAAUUGCACCAGAAAACAUGCUUCUAUUGGAAACAGUUACUUCAUAAGGAAUCCAGGGAUUUCGAGUCGAGAUUAAAACCUUAGCCACUAAUUUAAACUGUCUUAAGACACUGCUGUAAAGAGCACAGUUUACCCUCUUCUGCUGCAGCCUAGCUCUGGCAGUGUGAAGCAGGGGGGUGUGUCCACAGGGCCAGCUACAACAGUGCUCAUGUUAUAAACUACUUAGACAUUUCUCGAAAAACAACUGCAUCCCACUCCCAGAUGAUAUCUGUGGAAACAGCAGAGCGCAGAAAGAGGUUUGCAGGACUCUCUUACAGCAGACUGGAGAGGAGGCGAGGGAAGGCAACAUUGAAGAAUAACAGGACAGUACGUGAAGCCCACACAGCAUGAUCAUCAAACACAAUUUCAGAUCAAAUCAGCAGCGGAAUUUCAAUGCAAACAAGCGCAUUUUAAACCCUGCAUUGCUGUGAAGGCACGAAGCAAACUGUUGCUCGUAUUUGACCACUAGAUUUGACUCCCAUGACACUGAGAAUACCAAACUAUGGACAAGAAAACAGCAACUGGCCUUUCAUCUAAACCAUCUGAGUGCGGAGACCAGCGGAAGCAGCUCCCCUACUCUGUCGAGACUCCAUAUGGCUUCCACUUGGACCUGGAUUUCCUGAAGUAUGUCGACGACAUCGAGAAAGGCAACACCAUCAGGAGGGUUCACAUUCAAAGGAGGACCAAAGCCCCGAAGUUCAGCACCCUGCCCAGGAACUUCAGCCUCCCGGAUAACAGCUCCAGAUUCCUUCCCAGGGAAAGCUGGACUUCCACUUGCUCUCUCGUGCCCAGAAGCACAUCCAGGGAUGUGGAGGUCCAGCAGAUCUUCGAGUUCCAUGCAGCUGACCAUGUUUCUGCAGGAGUUUCUCCAAGAGCCCCGGGUGUCACGAGCAGAUCAGAGAGAGCUGCCGCAGGGGAUGCCAGGACCAGGGCUUUUGAUGAGCAGCCGCUGGGCUUUAGGGUUAGACCGCAGUUGUUGAGGGCUUCAAGCAUGCCUGUUACUGUCCUGCAGAGAAAGAACUCUGAGAAUUCAGAAGAUCAAACCGAGCUGCUUCCCGGACACAGCCCCAGAGACAAUGGCUCAUCCGAAAAUGUGUUUUGUUCAAACGAUGGCUCCUCCACCCAGGACACAGCCAAGAACUGUGAAGCUGUCUUGACUUCAGAGGUGAGCAAUCUCCGGCAGCAACUCGCAGCUGCUUUGCAAAGGAUCAAAGUGCUGGAAGAGCAGGUGAAAACAAUUCCUGAGCUAACAGAACAGGUGUCAACACUGACAGAAGAGAAAGGCAAUCUCAUUCUACAGCUCAACCGUCAGUAUGCGGUUUCAGUGCAAGGAUUUCCCCAGACUACUGGCCGUGAAAACACAGAACACGAAAAACAUAGUUUGCAUUCACUUACAAGCAACAGUACAGCCAAAAAGCAAAUUACAUCUUCCACAGAUGUGUUAGCAUCUGCAACCCCAUCAACUACAAAGGCAAGUGAAGAUCUCAGUCAUUCUCAGCAGCAGAAAAUAAGCACUGCUCACAAAGAACUAGCCAGCACGCCAAUGGGAUCUUCAUUACAAGACGUGGCUGUCUGUGUCACGGAAGGAGGGGCAGGUUCAGCAGCUCAGAAGACAAACAGUGAUACAGAAGCUCUCAUCAGUAUAGCACUGAGGACAAAACUCACGGUUCUAGAGAAGCAGUUAAGUGACACAACUAAAGAGCUUGAGAAAGCAAACACUCUCCUGAAGCAGAAAGUGGAAGCGCUUAUGCUUGAGCAACAGUCAGAGCAGGAAAACUCCAGUCCCCAGCUGAAAGGAGCUGAGGUGGGGGAGCAGACUGAAGAAGUAGUGAAGAACAAGCAGUCUGAUUAUGUUCAGCGCUGCAAUGCCUCAGUGAACACAGAAGCCAGCUCGGAAGUAAAGACGUUCUCUGACAAAGGCACCACCACAGACAUGCAGAUUCCAACCAGGUCGGCAGAAUGUGGCGCUGGUGCAACCAUUACUGAGACACCAAAGAAAGAUCUGAGAAGCUCGAGCGUUCAAACUGACUCUUUGGAAGUCAGGAGCGUCGGAGUGGUAGCAUCUGUCCAGACUGGGGAGAAAUCAAUAGCAGCUACAGUCAGUGCUUGUGACAAAGCCAUUGAAACCGAUCAACCAUUGAUCCAGAAACUUGUCACUUGCAAACCUGUUGAAAAAGACACACAAGUAGCAGACCUGGAAAAGGAGAGUGAAUGCGUGAAACAAUGUGCCUCUAACAGAGAGUCUGACCUCGCGUCUGUUGUGGGUGACUGUAAAUCUAAGGAAGGGUGCGUCAGGGAAGUGGCACAGGAUUGCAAGAAAGAAGGCAAGGGUGACCGUGAAGAACCAAUGCCAUCUUCCUCAAUGCAGGCCACCAUAGGACACUAUGUCACAAAGAUCCAACAGCUUUUGCACGAGCAGUGGGCGGUUUUGGAGAACGGCUACCCAGAGCUUACCAGCACACUAAAGCAGCCAGCUUCAAAGAUCAGUUCAAUCCAGGAGCAGCUGGUCAGCUCUCUCAACACACUGUCCUCCAUGUACUCUUCACAAGCAGAGAAAGAGGCGACCAAUGGAAGCAGUGCUCAGCAAGCAGGGAGCCCCCCAGCUACAGCUCUCAAAUCCAUCAUGAAGAAGAAGGACUGCAGCGUCAGCGCAGGGAAGAGCGCAGCGAAGAAGAAUCUCAAGUUUGUUGGCAUCAAUGGGGGCUAUGAAACGACUUCGAGCGAGGAGUCGAGCGGCGAGGACAGCGGGCAGGAUGGCAGCUCAGCACCCGGUGACAGGGCCAGCGAGAGGUCAGCCGCGGGGGUCAUGGAAACACGGAUUGCUGCUGAGGAGGCCAGCGGUCUCAGCUGCUUUCAAGACAGCCAGGCUGAGGAGGCUGACAGGGAAACAGUACAAGAGAAUUUUCUGGCUGCCUGUCAUUACCUGAAAGAUCACCUCACAGAGACUGAGUUCCCCAACAAGGAGAUGAGGCAGUGCCUGCGCGUGGUGUACCAGGAGUGGUUCAGAGUCUCCAGUCAGAAAGCCUCCUCGGCCGACAGCGUGGCUGGGUACCUCAGGGAGCUGCAAGCAAUGACCCCGGAGCUGAUGGGUUUCAUUGUGAACCUGGCAGACAGGAAUGGAAACACUGCUCUCCAUUACAGCGUGUCCCACUCCAACUUCCACAUUGUCAAGCUGCUGCUGGGUACAGGGGGGUGCAAAGUGGACCAUCAGAACAAGGCUGGCUACACUGCGAUCAUGCUGGCUUCACUCACAGCCACAGAGUCCCAGGAGGAGAUGGAGGUGGCCUUGCAGCUUCUGAGACAGGGAGACAUCAACACCAGAGCCAGCCAGGCUGGUCAGACGGCUCUGAUGUUGGCGGUCAGUCACGGCCGGACGGACAUGGUGAGGUCCCUGCUGGCGUGCGAGGCUGACGUCAACAUCCAGGACGAUGACGGCUCCACGGCGCUCAUGUGUGCCUGCGAGCACGGCCACACGGAGAUCGUGCGGCUGCUGCUGGCCCAGCCAGGCUGCAGAGCACAGCUCGCCGACAACGAUGGGAACACCGCUUUGUCUAUUGCACUGGAGGCCUCCCUCUCAGAGAUUGCUGACCUUCUCUAUACCCACGCAGGCCAGAGGGACUCUCCGGCUCCAUAGCAACUCCAUCCAAAGCCUUUCUCUUAUUCUGAGCUGCACAGCUACACAGGGCCUACUCAGCAGAGCCAUACAGCUCCCACGAUCGCCUCUAAACAGGACUUCAGAGCAGCGUCUGGAUUGAAGGAGCUGCUUCCAAUAUUUACUAUGUCCUUAGCAUUGUGCUAAUGCCCCUCGUACAUGGAUUAGAAACACGUGAGGGACACGCAGCAUGGCUGGCUAUGAGGUGGGGCCGUCUUGUUCCUGUGUGUUGCAAGCGCGCUGCUCUUUGCCAUGUUUGUGGAACAGCGCUGUUUCUCUGUGUAAUCGAGACCAACCCAUACCUGCUGUGUGUGAAGAUGAUGGGCUGAUUACACAGUGACUUGGGAGCAAGAAAUGUGUUUGACUUACACGGAAAUAAAUACAUUUUAAUAAAAUAGCACAGACUUUGAUGAAUUUUGUUUCUUUUUGACAAUUAACGUCACGCACAGACAUUCUAGUUGUUUUGGAGGUUACACUCUUCUUUGUUAUAUUUUUAUUAAAAUGCCCGAGUCCUGUACUUCUCGUAUUCCAGCUCUGCACGUUGCUUCACCUGGUGUUCAUGACACUGAGAACUAUACCCCUUCGACACUGACACACAGCAGAGCCGUGAGGACCCAGAAGGGUGCUGCUCCACUGGCACACAGCCAAGCCCCGAGGACCCAGACGCUUCACCUGGCUGUGCACGCAGCGUGUGCCCUUUGUUAACAUCCUUGCAAAGAGAAUCCUGCUCAUACUGUACAAAUGCAAUGCAGCCAUUCAAUCACCAAGCCUGCGAAGGACUCGCUGUUAACAGAUACUACUCGGCUCUGUCUCCCAGUGCAGGGGUGAUGGACGAUCUGCAGAGCAACAAUGCUGAACAGCGCGGCACUCCCCACAGCAGUGCUGUGAGAAGCACAGUGAGUGAGAGCAGAGUAAUGAGCUAUACUGGGAGGAUGCAGGACUUUAUUUAAUCAUUUAUUUAUCCUGGGAAGGAGCUGUGCUAUUAUGAGCAAUCCACAAGGCGACCCCACAUUUACCCUUCCUGACAAAGCCAGUCACUCAUUACUUUUUUGGCUCGGAAAUAUCCAGUUUUGUAUUUCUGUUUCUGUCUUGUUUGAUUGAUGUGCUUCUUAUUUUUGUUUUGAUUUUAUAGGAUGUUAUUUCUCGCUGUCCUCUCUUCCCAGGACUCCCUUGUAAAUGAGAUGUACAUCCAAGGUUCCAUCCUGAUUAAAUCAAUACAUUCAAAUUUGAAUUUGAUGAGUAAACUCUUGUUUUUAACUGGAGCUCAGCACUUGUGCAUUGGUAGCGAGGCUGCAGUACAGGGAUAAAGUUAUCAUAAAUAAUUAAACAGGGAAUAGGCUGAUGAAACAGAUUGCAAAUCGCUUUGUUUCGGCAUUAUUUGCCCAGAGGUACAAAACACCAAUAGGCCGGUAAUGACAAUAAAGAUAGACCAUAAUUGUGUUACUGCUAUAUUUGUAUUCAGUUUGUGCAUGCAUUCAUCAAGAGUUUAAUAUGUGUAAGCUGUGCAGAAAGAAAGCUAUUCAAUAAGCACGCGUGUAAAUUGUGAUACAAUUAUAUGAAUCUUAUUCAUGUGCUA